GUCACAUGUCAUGGGGUGCGACUGCCUAAGACAGGAGACAUUUACUUUCGAGUUUGCAUGAUGGGCGAGUGCAGGAAGACUUCCUGCUUGCCGCCGCGCUUCCCCUUAAUCUUUAACCAGCGGCUGGUUUUUGAGAAGACAUACAGCGAUGCUGUUGACCCUUCUGCAGUCGUUGACCUCCUAAGAGCUGACACAACAUCUUUUCAGCUGAUUCAGUCGGUGUCUCCAGAGGAUCAUCACCUUGCCACGAUGAAGCAAAACAGCAAAGAGUUCCUGAACCCUGGGCCCAGUCUGAGCGGGGCUGAAGACCCCAUGCAGAGAGAUGCACUGAUGAUGGAGCGGUCCUCCAGAUUUCAUGGUGCAUUUCCCACUGUGGAGUUUUCAGUGACGUCGUUCAUCGAGGAGAGUGAUGGGAUGGACGCCUCCCCUAUGCGCGGCCUCGCCGGAGGGAGGCCAUCUUCGACGUGGGCAAGGCUGUCUUCAAGCUACGAAGGACGGUCCGCAUUCAGACGCUCCCCCUCGCCGCCCCCGUGCAGCCAAAUUUCCUGCGAGGCAAAAAAAAAGCCACCAAAACACGCCGUUUGUCAGGAACCGGGCUACCAGCGGCCCACUGUUGCCUCCGCGACGCGGGCGCUGUCGCCUUACACCCACCGAAAAAUGUGCCAGCUCUCCCUGGAUGCUGAGCAAAGGCUUCGACACCUGCAGCUUGGACCGCACCACUUCAGGAAGGAGACGGAGAGCCUCCCUCCAUUCCUGGUUCCGACGCGUAGUAGUCAGAUGGAUGCCUACUCGCCUCCGCCACAGAGUUACGCGCACUGCUGCCACACAGUCAACCUCUCGAAUGACGACUUGGAUUUUCUCCUCGACACUCGCUACGGACCGAGAGCAUCCAGAUUCCAACUCAUUAAACCCAUGCAGAUGCGGUCAGUUCGCGCGUGGUCGUCUCCCGGGCGGCCAUUCAGAUGUGAUGAGCUGAGCCAAAGUCCUCAUCGAGGCUCCGCCGUGUCAAAGAGGAGAGGCCCCGUGACUACCAAGCACUCCCUCAGGGAAAGGCUGCAGGCCAAUGAUCCCAGUCCAUCAUACUGGGAGCAGAUCCACAGCAGAGUCCAGAAGAUUCUUCUGACACACAGAGUCCCCUUUGACAUCGACUGACCUGGACGCAAACGGAGUGAACUGAAUAGGCAUCACGUUAGCGUUGAAAGUACACGCUGACCAACAUUGGUGCGGCUUGUUUGGAUUCACUGUACGGUGGUACGGCGUCCUUCUUCUCAAAGUCCGAUCCCAUCACGCUUUUCUUCAUCACCUGUGCACAAGACCACCAAUGUUACAAGGCAUGCAAAGGAUUCCUGGUCGACAAGAGAAGCGCCUCUUCCUCGCAGUCGUCAUCGUCUUCAUCGCCCUCCUCAUCCACAAAGUCCUCCUCCUCUUGCUUGGCGCCCACCACGUUCUCCUGCGUGAGGCGCUCCAUGUAGUAAUCUUUGUCCGCUUCCUGCCCGGCCCUCGUGUCCACCAUAAACAGGCCGUCGACAGA